AUGCCCUCACAGGAGCCACUUCGACUAGCGCGUCUCUUCAUGGUACUACACCGGCAUCCAGGACUUGCUAGGAAGGUCAAGAGCCUACACUUCAAUCUUUUCGAUCACUUUGACUAUAAUUACCGCGCCGAAAUCGCCACCGUCGAACGUGUCUUGUCGGACCUUGUGGAAGAGCUGAGCCUGCCACGGGAGACGAAGCUGGCUUGGCUGGAGGCAUCAAAUCCGCAUACCGGAGAAACGAAUUCUCAGAUUGCGUAUGAGGCCUUAGGUGCUGGCCUUUUGGCUUUGGUACCGAACGUGCGGAGACUCGAAUUGGGUCUUUGCGGCGCAAUACCGCUACUCUCUACACUUGCCUUGCUCCCCUCGAGACCAAUUCUGUGA